AUUGCUAUUCUUGAAAUUAACCCAAAAGGGAAUUUGUAAACGAAGCCCAUUAAUUUCAUCCACACACAACUGCCAGAUCCACCGCUAUUUUUGCCUCAAUUUCCAAUUUUUUUGGGUGUUUGAUUUGGUGGUGUGAAGCCAUGGGAGGAGGUUCAAGAGUGGCGAAACUAUCAGGAAUGCAAAAACAAGUACUCAGCCUAUACAGAUCAUUCCUACGAGCUGCUCGAUCAAAAUCCCCAGAGGGUCGCCGCGAGAUUGAAUCGGUCGUAUCGACCGAGUUUCGGCGACAUUCAAAGGAAGUUGAUCGCAAGAAUUUCUUACAAAUCGAGUACUUGAUUCGUCGCGGUAGGAAACAGCUCGAUCAGCUUAAGACUCCUGCUACUCUUGGGUUGUCUUCUUUUAAUCUCAAUCAUGGCGACAAUAAUAAUUGAUUUUUCGUUUGUUUUUUUAUUGCACGCAUGCUGUUUGUUGUAAUGCCUAUGAGUAAUUUUUAAUUUCUUAUUGCUUGUCAAUGUAUUAAACAAAAAUGGAGAUAGCUAGUUAUUAUAAAAUAUUAUUAAAAAUCAAUACAGUAAAUUGUAGCUAUGAAUUUUGAUUCUAUGAGGCUUGUAAUCUGCUUAUUGAGUUCAUCAACUAAGGAUUUUUUAGUCUCUUUA